GUUUGCGGCUUCACGGCAGCGCUGUAAUGUGAAAAGCCGCAUUUGCACUAUUCAUACUCACACAUUGAAAAGAAAAGCAAGAGGGCACCCUUCCUUUCAUUUCACUGCUCUAGUCAUAUCCAGAGUGUGGAUUAACACAUUUAAGUGCUGCAACGAUGUCCAGGCUAGCAGGGGGCGAUGCUAAUGAUGUCACCCACUUCCUCUCCACUGGAAUGGGGCCUGGGACAACAACGUCUGCGCUCUCUGCCUCCAGCCAAGCUGAUUGGGCAGCUAAGAGGCUCGUCUGGGUGCCUUCAGAGAAACAUGGGUUUGAGUCUGCAAGUGUGUGUGAGGAGCGGGGUGACGAGGUGGAGGUGGAGCUUAUCGACAGUGGGCGGAAACUGACACUUUCGAGGGAGGAGCUCCAGCGGAUGAACCCGCCCCGUUUUAGUAAAGUUGAAGACAUGGCCGAUCUUACAUGCCUCAAUGAGGCCUCUGUUUUACACAACCUACGAGAGAGAUACUAUUCAGGACUCAUAUAUACGUACUCUGGCCUGUUUUGUGUGGUGAUAAAUCCCUAUAAGAACCUGUCCAUGUAUACAGAAUCCAUCAUAGAGAUGUAUCGUGGGAAAAAACGUCAUGAAAUGCCACCACAUGUCUACGCCAUAUCGGAGGCCGCCUACAGGAGCAUGCUGCAAGACAGAGAAGAUCAGUCCAUCCUGUGCACAGGGGAGUCUGGUGCAGGAAAGACAGAGAACACUAAGAAAGUGAUUCAGUAUCUUGCACAUGUGGCAUCUUCACACAAGUCUGGCACUAUGGGUCGGCCCAAAGAUGCAACGCAGAUGGACGGUACUCGCUCUUUAGGUCGUGGCAGUAGUGCUGUGAACAGGAUUGUGCAGUAUGGGGAGCUGGAGAAACAGUUACUGCAGGCUAACCCCAUUCUAGAGGCCUUCGGCAAUGCAAAGACAGUCAAAAACGACAACUCUUCCAGAUUUGGAAAAUUCAUCAGGAUAAACUUUGAUGUUGCUGGAUAUAUUGUUGGUGCUAACAUUGAGACCUAUCUGCUGGAAAAGUCUCGAGCCAUUCGCCAGGCAAAAGAUGAGAGGACCUUCCAUAUCUUCUACCAGCUCCUUUCUGGAGCUUCAGAGACUAUGAGAAAGGAGCUUCUGCUUGGCAGUGCAGAUCAAUACCGCUUUCUCUGUGGGGGAUCACUUCCUGUCCCGGGUCAGAGUGACUCAGAAAACCUCACUCAGACAAUGGACUCUGUUGCCAUCAUGGGUUUCACCAAGGAGGAAUCCACCUCUAUGUUAAAGGUGAUCUCUGCAGUGAUGCAAUUUGGGAACAUCACAUUUAACAAAGAGAAGAACACAGAUCAGGCCUCUAUGCCGGAUGACACAGCGGCUCAGAAACUCUGCCACCUGCUGGGCAUCAGUGUGCUGGAGUUUAGCCGAGCCAUUCUCACUCCCCGCAUCAAAGUAGGCCGCGAAUAUGUCCAGAAGGCCCAGACCAAGCAGCAGGCUGAUUUUGCGAUAGAGGCUUUGGCAAAGUCCACAUAUGAGCGUCUCUUCCACUGGCUGGUCCACCGUAUCAACAGAGCCCUGGACCGCAGACAGAGACAGGGAGCCUCAUUCAUCGGGAUCCUGGACAUUGCUGGAUUUGAAAUCUUCCAGCUGAACUCGUUUGAGCAGUUGUGUAUUAAUUACACUAACGAGAAGCUGCAGCAACUGUUCAAUCACACCAUGUUUGUUAUGGAGCAAGAAGAGUACCAGCGUGAGGGCAUUGAGUGGAGCUUCAUCGAUUUCGGUCUGGAUCUUCAGCCCUGUAUCGACCUUAUUGAGAGACCGACCAAUCCUCCUGGCAUACUUGCAUUAUUGGAUGAGGAGUGUUGGUUUCCGAGGGCAACAGAUCGCUCAUUUGUGGACAAGGUUUCAGCUGAGCAGGGUUCACACCCGAAGUUUGUGCGGCCACGACAGAUCAAAGAAGGGGCUGACUUCUCCAUCAUUCACUACGCUGGCAAGGUUGAUUAUAAGGCAGAUGACUGGCUGGUGAAGAACAUGGAUCCUUUGAAUGAUAAUAUUGCAUCUCUCCUGCAUCAGUCAUCUGAUCCUUUCAUCUCUGAGCUCUGGAGAGAGGUGGAGAGGAUUGUGGGUCUGGAUCAGGUGUCAUCUGGUGAGAGCAGUGGCAAAGUGAGUUUUGGGGCUGGAUUAAAAACAAAAAAGGGCAUGUUCCGAACAGUGGGGCAACUCUACAAAGAGUCCCUCACCAAACUUAUGGCAACCCUCCGCAACACCAACCCCAACUUUCUGCGCUGCAUCAUCCCCAACCAUGAGAAACGGGCAGGGAAGUUGAGUCCUCAAUUGGUUCUGGAUCAGUUGAAGUGUAAUGGAGUUUUAGAGGGGAUCAGGAUCUGCAGACAGGGCUUCCCAAACCGUAUCCCAUUCCAGGAGUUCAGACAGAGGUAUGAGAUCUUGACUCCAAAUGCCAUUCCUCGAACCUUUAUGGAUGGGAAACAGGCAUGUGAGCUCAUGAUCAGUGCUUUAGAGUUGGACAAGAAUCUUUUCCAGGUGGGACAGAGUAAAGUGUUCUUCCGGGCUGGAGUUCUGGGUCACCUGGAAGAAGAACGAGACCUGAAGAUCACUGACAUCAUCAUCCGCUUCCAGAGUGCCUCACGUGGAUAUCUCGCCAGGAGGGCAUUCCAUAAGAAACAGCAGCAGCUCAGUGCUCUGCGUGUGAUGCAGAGGAACUGUGCAGCGUACUUAAAGCUCAGAAAUUGGCAUUGGUGGAGACUCUUCACCAAGGUGAAACCGUUGCUGCAGGUAACCCGUCAGGAUGAGGAGAUUCAAGUUCGUGAAGUUAAGCUUCAGAAAGCCAACGACCAGCUGAGCAAACUGGAGACUGAUUUAACUGAACUGGACAAAAAAAACCAACAGCUGAUGGAGGAGAAGAUAGUGCUGACCGACCAGCUGCAGGCGGAGGCCGAAUUAUUCGCAGAAGCAGAAGAAAUUAGAGCGCGGCUGGCCAAACGCAAACAGGAGCUUGAAGAUGUGUUAGGAGAGCUCGAAAGCCGAUUGGAGGAGGAAGAGGAGAGGACUGCUCAGCUGACCAAUGAGAAGAAGAAGAUCCAACAACAUGUCAAGGAUCUGGCAGAGAAGCUCGAGGAGGAGGAGGGGACACGCCAGCGUAUCCAGCUUGAGAAGGUCACUCUGGAAAGUAAAGUGAAAAGUCUAGAGGCAGAGAACAUGACUGUGGGAGAGCAGAAAGAAAGAUUAAGCAAGGAGAAGAAACAGUUGGAAGAGAGACUGAAUGAAAUGAAAGAACAGCUCACAGAGGAAGAAGAGAAAGUGAAGAGUCUCAAUAAGCUAAAAAACAAACAGGAAGCUGUCAUUGCAGAUAUAGAAGAGCGUCUGAAAAGGGAAGAGCAGAGUCGUCUGGAGCAGGAGAAGUGUAAGAGACGGAUAGAGGGUGAAGCAGUGGAUGCACAAGAGCAGCUGGCUGACCUCAGCUUACUCGUCACAGAGCUAAGAGCAAGCCUGAGCCAGAAAGAAAAAGAGAUCACCGCACUACAGACACGCUUGGAAGAAGAGAGUGCCCGCCGUACAGAAGCUCAGAGGGCUCUGAGAGAGGCAAUGUCUCAGGUGUCUGAGCUGAAGGAGGAGGUGGAGAAUGAACGAGGGAUGAGGGAAAGAGCUGAGAAACAGAGGAGAGAUCUGGGAGAAGAGUUAGAAGCUCUGAAGACUGAACUCGAAGAUACUCUGGACACCACAGCUGCUCAGCAAGAACUCAGGUCUCGCCGUGAGUCUGAGUUAGGAGAGCUUCAGAGGUGUUUAGAGGUGGAGACACGUCGUCAUGAAGCCCAACUCUCAGAACUGCGCAUCAAACACACCGCUGCUAUUGACUCCCUUCAGGAGCAGCUGGACAAUGCCAAGAGAUCCCGUCAGUCCGUGGAGAAGGCGAAGGCCAUGCUGGAGGAGGAGCGCUUGAACCUGAACACUGAGCUAAAGACGCUACAGGGAGGGAAGAUGGAGAGCGAGAGGGGCAGAAAGAGAGCAGAGGGACAGUUACAGGAUCUGAAUGCACGCCUCUCACAGGCUGAGAAAGAAAGAGAGGAGAGAGAGGAACGACUCAGUAAACUACAGUCAGAGUUUGAGUCUUUGUCCAGUUCUCUCUCCUCGUCUGACUCAAAAUGUCUUCGUUUAAAUAAGGAGGUCAGCAGUCUGGAGAGUCAGUUGCAUGAUGUGCAGGAGCUCCUGCAGGAAGAGACGCGGCAGAAAUUAGCGUUGGGCUCACGUGUUCGCGCUCUAGAGGAGGAGAAAGUUGGAAUGAUUGAUAGACUAGAGGAGGAGAUGGAGAAGACCAGAGAACUCACACGUCAGAUUCAGAACCAUACGCAACAGCUGGCUGAUUUUAAAAAGCAAACAGAGGAAGUGAAAACAGCAGUGGAAGCCGGGGAGGAGACCAGGAGGAAGAUGCAGAGAGACCUGGAGAAUGCAGUACAGAGAGAGAGAGUCAGAGAAGAAGAGAAAGAACGCAUUGAGAGACAGAAAGAACGACUGAGAGAAGAGAUAGAAGACUUGACCAUCGCUCUGCAGAAAGAGAGACAGAACUGUUCCGCUCUAGAGAAGAGACAGAAAAAAUUCGAUCAGAGUUUGGCAGAGGAGAAAGCAAUGAGUGCUCGGCUGUUGGAGGAACGGGACCGUGCAGAAGCAGAAGGUCGAGAGAAAGAGACACGCUUCUUGUCUCUUUCUAGAUCACUGCAGGAAACCUCAGAGCAGAGAGAUGAGCAAGAGAGAGCCAAUAAGCUACUCCGCCUCGAGAUGGAACAGCUUAUCAAUGCCCAAGAUGACGUGGGAAAAAAUGUUCUUGAUCUGGAGCGUUCUCGACGGGCUUUGGAAACAGAAGCCCAGUCUCUGAGAGAACAGACCCAGGACCUGGAGGAUGAGCUGACAGAGACGGAGAACGCUCGUCUGAGACUGGAGGUUACGCUUCAAGCCCUCAGGGCUCAGUUUGAGAGAGAGAUAAGCACCAAGGAGGAGAAAGGAGAAGAAAAAAGGAGAGCCCUCAACAAACAGGUGCGAGAGCUGGAAGUAAUGCUUGAAGAAGAAAGGACUCAGAGAGCUCAAGCUCUGGCGGUCAAGAAACAGUUGGAGUCAGAGCUGAUGGAGUCAACGUCUCAGGUGGAAGCAGCCAAUCGGGGCAGAGAGGAGGCAAUCAGGCAGAUGAAACGUCUUCAGGUUCAAUUGAAGGAGCUUCUUCGUGAGCUGGAUGAGACCAAACUGGCUAGAGAAGAGAUUGUCGCUCAAUCAAAGGACACUGAGAAACGCCUGCAGACUCUGGAGGCAGAUCUAGUACAGCUAACAGAGGAACUGGCUGUUUCUGAGAGGCAUCGAAGGCAAGCUCAGCAGGAGAGAGACGAAAUGGCGGAUGAAAUCGUCAGCAGCGCUAGUGGAAAAUCUGCCCUGUUUGAGGAAAAACGGCGUCUGGAGGCUAGAAUCACUGAACUGGAGGAAGAAUUAGAGGAGGAACAGAGUAAUGCUGAACUACUGGCUGAGAGACAGCGGAAGAGCAUCUUACAGGUUGAGACGCUUACAGUCCAGUUGGCCGGAGAGAGAACGCUGGCAAAGAAGAGUGAUAGCACACGUGAGUUACUCGAUAGGCAGAAUAAGGAGCUGAGGACUCGUCUAAAUGAGCUGGAGGGGGCUGUGAGGGGCAAACAGCGUCUCAGCGUCGCCGCCCUGGAGGCCAAGAUAGAAUCUAUGGAGGAACAACUGGAGCAAGAGAGACAAGAGCACACCAUGGCUAAUAAGCUGGUGAGGAAAACAGAGAAGAAACUGAAAGAGGUUCUGAUUCAGGUGGAUGAUGAAAAGAGACAUGCAGAUCAGUACAGAGAGCAGUUGGAUAAGUCUACAGGCCGACUCCAUCAGCUUAAGAUGCAGUUAGAAGAGGUUGAGGAGGAGAACUCACGCUCCAGCGCUCAGCGCAGGAAACUACAGCGAGAAAUGGAGGAAAUGAGUGACAGUAUGCAAAUCAUGAACCGUGAGCUCAUCAUUCUACGCUCACAACUCAGCGUGACAGAACGGCAGAAGUCAGAACAGCGAGCUCCACUCUCUCUUUCCAUGCGUUUUGGCCGCAGGGCUCUGGUGGAUGAUUUCUCUCAGGAGAACUCUGAUUCGGAGGAUCCAGGUGCUUCUCUCACCGCGUCAAGUGGCCUGCCAGGGAAUCCUACACCCUCAGACCACGCCCUGGCCCCCCCACCCCCGUACAGCCUUACACACACUGAAUAAGAAGGGGAUAGUGUGAAAGAUGGCCAGAUUUAAUCUCAUAGUUUGCAAUUGUACACACAAUGCUGCAGAGCAUCCAUGCAGUCACAGACAACAACAGAACUUGAAACUAGUUAAUGAAACUAGUUAGUGAUUUAUCAAUGUUUAAUGAACAAAUGAGUAAGCAUGCAAGAUGGAGAAAAUCAGAUUCAGUACUCUUUCUACUUAACCAACCUAGUAGUGAGUAAACAGUUUUUAUUUUUUAAAGUGGGACAGAACAAAACUACAUUUCCCAGCACUCUUUAAGAAAUAGAAGUACUGUGUAUUGGCCUAGCCUCAUAUCGAUGCAGUAUAUUAUAUACCAGGCUUGUUGUGGCACAAUUGUAAUGGCCACAUCAAGCUCUCUAUCAAUCAAUAAUAAGCCAUUUGUUUAAGGGAAAUUUGCAUGUUGAUGGCAAUCAAAUGGAAAAGGCCAUCAGGUAUUGCACAGAUGAUCCAAAUCAAAAGAUUCAUGAUUGGGCUAAAAUUCAUCAGCUGUGCCAGCACAAGCCAUUAAACCUUCAAAACACUGAGAAACUUUCUCUCUCUCACUCCUAAAAUAAUGUUUUAAGAAAUUUAGAAUUGAACAGGGACAAGAAUAUCUUUUUGUUAUUUUGUUAUUUAAUGUUAAAAAGUAAUAGCACUACUUCUGAUUAAUAGAAUGUUGCUUUUUAUCAAACAUGAUUUGGCAGAGAUGAUGCUAAUGUACACCAAGCUUUGUAUAAACGUGAGAAAGUGAGACAGAGAGAAAUGCUUUUCUAUUAGAUAUUAUAUAAUAUGCUUCAAAUUUGAGCUAUCCGUGCUAGCUUUUACUUAUUAGCCAUAAACUGAUAUCAGAGGUCAUAAGAAAAGAAUGGAGAUAUAGAAACUAAAAUGUAAAUAUAAGGUAAAACAGACAAUAGAAAACCAACGAUUCGUGGAUUUAUUGCAGAAAACAAAGAGAAGCGGUCAACGCUGACAGAUUUCACUUCCAUGUAGACUUAGCAGUAACGAUUCUUAGAUAUUUUCAAUUAACCUGCUCUAAUCUCAUUAAAACAUUAGUAUUAUUCAGUUCAACUCCCUAUUAAAGGUGCACUCAGUCAUUUUUUUUUUUAGGAUAUCAAAGUGGCUUACAUUGGCUUACACUGACACCUAGUGGCCUGGAUGCUGCGUCAUUGAAACACAGGAGCUUUCAGUUACAGCUGCCAGUGUAGAAAUUCAUUAUGUCCAGUAAAUCAGGAUUAAUUAAUCUAUGAAAGAAAUUGUCCAAUAUCAGGGUACUUACUGAGAUUAAGUGAGUAUUAUUCAGAUGGUCAUGUGAUGCUAACAUGGCUGCCCCCUGCCCUAGAAUAAAAUAAAUUUUAUAAGAUUACUGAUAUGACUGAACUCUUCAUCUCACAAGAGUGGUCAUGAUUUUAUACAUGUUUCAAAAUAGAAGUAAAAUGUUUUCAAUUAGGAAAACAUUUACUGAGUGAACCUUUAAGAUUGGGGUAUUCUUACAUUCUUAGAUACUGUGCUUUGAUAGUUACCUAGAUACCCCUAAAGGGAAGGCUUUUGUUGGUAGUGAUAUAGGCAGUUAGAAUUUCUACAUUUAGUCUUAACACAUCGGCUCCAGCUUCAGACAACUGACUUGUCAUUUUUAUCAAAUCUGAAAAUUCCAGUAUGCAUUCUAUUUUGUUUUGUAUUCUUUUUUUCUUUUUUUUUUUUUUUGUUAUGUUAUGUUAUGAAAUCAGGAUGAAAUUUGAUGAAAUUUGAUGAAAACAGGCCUAAGUUAAAGGAAAACAAAGGAUAGUGGGUUUAUACCUUAAAAAGGUAGUUUUAGUCAAGAACACUGGACAGAAAACUAAACAUUUUCAACAAAGCUGCAUAUACUGAAAAUCAGAGACAGUUUUGAGACAAUGGACGCACAAGUAUAGAGUAAGACAUCUGUAUUUAGAUUACAGAGAGUUUCUUUGUCAUGGUGUGAAUGGCAUAAGUCUUAUUACACUUAUUACAUUACAGGGGUUGAAGGCGGCUAGUUACUUUGCUCCUUAAUUAUCUCAACUGUAUCAAUGUAACAUUGUUUUCUGCCAAAUGAAAUUGUGUUCUUCUUUUUUUUUUUUUUUUUUUAAAGAGGCUAAUAUUUAUGGAACAGAGCUUUUAUGUUGUAUACAAUCUGGGGCAUAUGGAUGACUAAAGGGAAAUUAUUUUAGUUGUAUGCAUAUCGACAUGUACUGUAGUUUAGACUGGUGAAAAGGGAGGACAUACCUGCUAAAAAAUCCAAUGGAGUCCAUUGAAAACCAAUAGCCCAUUUCCCACAUACAGUCCCGGUACUUCUCCCUUGAACUUUCUUGAUGAAAACUAUUAAGAGGAACAGGAGACUUUUCACUCUCUUGCAUUCGCACACACAAAGGAACCCCCAUGGUUACAGUACAUCUGUCAAUGUUUGCACAUGCGAUUCAAUAGCAACAACAGCACUGAUUGUGGGUGCCAGGAGCGGAGCUACAGUUUUGUGAGGGCUUUAUUACACAAACUGUAUCUUAAGGUUACAGUUCUUUCACUGGGAGCAUGAGCCAUGUGUGCGGUGCUGCAUCCCUAAAGUCUUUGAGGCUGAGGUGAGAGGAGAGGAAAGGGCACUCAGCGUAUUUUAAUCAUGCAGCACAUGCUAAACUCAGUGGAAUACAUGCAAUAUAAACUCAAUCUUUUACAAUAAAUGCUUUUAUGACUCAACAUAAAAUACUGUACUGAAAUACUAAAAAAUAUGGGUUGAUGCAAGUUAACCAUACAGUAAAAGGAACGCAACACUUUCCUAAUGAAAAUAGAUUUUAUGAUGGUAAAGUUUCAAAUAUAUUUAAAUUACCCACUCUCGAUAAACAUCUUAUUAUCAAUGUCCAUUAUCCCAGGAAAAGCAGUUACACAGUACAGAUGCGAUGAAAGCUCAAACCGUGUCUUCCGCUGAAGUCCUGCAUCAGCUUUGCUCACCCCUCGUAUACUCGUACUAUGUAAAACAGGUGGUACUCUUUGGGUACUUCAAGUAGCAAGCUAGCAGCUACAAGUUUGUUUACACGUGGUGGCUAUAGACUCUUUGCGUUUCUCAUUGCUUUGUGCGUCAUACGUGUUUGACCAAUCACAGGUUGCAACACCUCCCACAGUCCCUCUUCUCCAAAAAGUACCCCAAAGUAGGAGCUAAAAAAGUCUCUCUAAAUGACUAAGAGGAACUAAAGUUUAAAGUUAAAGUAAAAUGGGUUUUAGUUCCUGCAGUGAAAAGGGCCUAAUGAAAUAACUAGGAGGUUUGAUAAAUCUGAUAAAUAUAUUGAAAAUUUAGGUCUCCCUAAAGACUUCCUUCUCAUUGAUCAUGUUUUCAUACGGAGAGUAAUGUAAUGCAUUUUAGAUGGCCUUUAGGACAAAAUUAUUUUAGAAAUCAGUAGUUGUUGAAUGGUUAAAACAAGGCUCGAUGCUUCAGCAGUUGCUACGGGAGAGUAAUGGUCUGGCUUAAAAACAUACAACAUAUAUUCGUAAAUCUUUUCUUGAUUCUCAGUCCAUGUCAAAUGAAUGUUUUCCUUCACUGUACGCUUGUCUCUAAUAUUUAAUUUAAUAUAUAGUAUGGUGAUGAUCAUUUUGAUAUAUUACUCUGGCUUACAGGCUAGUUUUUAACAUGAUUGCAUUUUCUUAAAUAUUAAACAGUGUUAAACUGAAUAAUAAUUGUGUCACCAUUCUAGAAUCAGAACAAAUUUCAGACCUGCUUAGCCAGCACUGAUCUUCAAAAUGUAUUAGGACAUAAUGGAUUUGUUGACAUCUUGUUUAGCCACAAACACAUUAUGAAAAAUCUUUUUUGUGCUGAUUUUCUGUGAAUUAACAAUGUUCACUGGUGAUGUAUUGAAAAGUUUAUUAUUACAUGAUUAUUACACUUUUAUACAUAAAUCGGUAAGCAGGGUUUAUUAUCAGUCAAUCAGAUUCCACUGUACGUAUGUAGAUUGCACUUUGAUACUUGAAUUGUUUGACUUGCCCCCAUAAUGUUUGGUUUUAAAUUUGGUGCAUUUUUGUUAACCAUUCUCUUAAAUUCAAACAUUGUUAUACAAGUGUAAAAUGUUGUCUGAAAGGGAAGACAUUAUGCUGUUGAUGAAUAAACAGAUUAGAAUUAAUUGCACACAGAAGCCAAAAGACUCUACUGAGCCUUGUAAAACAGAUUUUUGAUACUACUUAUUUCUCCAUGUUAGAACAUUUUCAGCCUAUAAUUUUUCUAAUUUCUCUGACUGUUUGCCUUUAAAGUGACUCAACAUUGCUGCUAAUUCUUUUCUCUCUCUCUCUCUUUCUCGCUCUCUCUUUUUUUUGUUUUUUUGUUGUUGCAUUCUGUCACUGACAAAUAUACAAAGACAUUUCAUUUGUAAUUGAUUUGUACAUUUAAUAGAUGCAUUUGCAGAGCUGUUCAAACCUUCAACACUCCAAAUAAUCCAUUUGGAGGGCAUUCGUAUUCUACUCAUAUUUCUCCGAAUUCUAAAUUCCAUUUUAAUGAUUGAGCCUUGUUAUACUCAUCCAGUGCUUUAUAAUACAGCUUUGACAAGUAUAACAGGAGCAUGUAUGGAAAGGAAUCAAAACCCCAGAGAUACUUGUCUGUAUUUAAUGUAUUUCUGAAGAGGAUUGUGUGCUUUUUGCAUCUGUUGAACUUGAAUUUUUAACCAUGUUGUUUAUUUGAUCUUUUUGUUUACUUUGCUAUAAUGAUAAAAUGAGACUGGGGUGAAUUUUAAUAUACAGUACCAUUGGUUUUGAAGUCAGUCUGGUUUAUUUCUAAUCACUUAAAAUGCAAAGGCAUACACAUGAUCAACUUCAACACAAUGAAUACUCAAAUUCUGAUAUAAAAGUUACAAAACUUUACUCUUUAAUAUUUUUACCAUCUCAGACUCUCCAUUUAACUUGAAUUAAAUUUGAAUAAAAACUAAAUUCACAACACAUGCAAGAAC